GCUGUUCAGUUCAGCCUGCAUGGGCAGUAGUCAGGCAUGACAGGAGCUAUUGUCUAAAACAUCUGGAAGGCACUAGGUGAAGGAAGCCUCUCCUACUCUGUGAAAUAUGGUUGGGUAGAAAAUGAUGAAUGAGAGGAUAUCCCUACAUGGGCUGUAUUUCCAUUUCACGUCCUCUCUGGAAUGGUGUUCUCCAACCCUUUUCUCUCCGGACAUUUUGGACCUCCAAUCCCAUUAACACCAGCAACAUGACUAGUAGUCAAGAAUGCUGGGAUUUGAAAGUGGAUGGCUUGGUUGCUCUGUAGGGAAAGUGUGGGCAAACCCUGCCUGAUAUUCACCACUGGCCUCAGCUUUCACCUUCUACUUAUGCGCCUCCUUGCCUUUGCUUAUUUUGGCCAGCAGAACUGCUUUUUGUUGCCAUCAUUUCUGUCAUGCUGCCUUGGCUGUUCCUCUUCUCUUGGACUGGUUGGGUGCCUUUCCAGCUGCAACUUUGAAUAACCUUUAGACUCAGUGUCUUGGGUGGGGAAAAUAACAGAUAGGAGAACAUUUGUGGAAGAUUUGUGUGACAGAGGUGUAUAAGCCACAGAAAUGCUGCUUGUCCAUAGUGUUUACUGGGAACUUUGAAGAGUUGUGGACUAGGGGUUUAUUUUCCAUUCAUACCUUUAUGAGCUUCCUGAAUGUACCUUUCUGGCUACCUAUAGAAACCUAUAUUUUCUGAUUUUUCCCUGUUAAUUCACUGCUCCAUCCUAUUUGCAUUUUUGAGAGGCUGCUCAGUCUUGCACAUCUCACUGUGCUGAAGUUUCUGCAGACAAACUUCCAGGUUGAUGUUGCAAAACUUUUCAAUCUUCAUUUGAACUUCUUGUGUGGUUAUCCUGCAGGCUCACUGCAAGAGUUUUGGGGAGAGACAGAUUUCGAUUGCCACUAACAUGAUACUUGCGUGUCCAUGAAUUCUUCAUAAUUACCAUAUCUGAGGGGAGGCAUAAUUACUGCCUCUCUCUGCUUCCCUUUGUGUCUUGUUCACUGCCUAUUGGAGGAAUAAAUGUUUGAGCCAAAUGCAGUGGGAGGCAUUCACAGGGGACCAUGCCUGUGGAUUCACUUAGGAUUCAGUCUUAGCUGGGAGUAAGUCCUGUUGAACGCAGAGAAUCUUCCUUCAAAAUAGGCAUGUGUAGGAUUGCCCUUAAAUCGUUCUUGGUUUCAGUAGUGAACAUAAACUUCUACCCCUGUCAUGAAGAGCAGAAGUAUGAUUAUAAUCUAUAUUAGAGUCUAUGAGAACACAACCAGUUAGUGGUACAUAUUCCAGAUUAAAUUUGAGAAUGCAAUAUGGGACACAGCUAAAUCUGUGUUUUAAGUUUAGUGUUUUCUCAGUGCCUUUCCCAAGAGGCUCUUCUACUGGCUCUGUUUAUUCCUUUCAAUGCCAGGGGAAUAGCCUUUUGUUUUAGCAUUUUUUGGGGGGUCUUCUGUGUUUGAACUUUGCUAUGUUAAAGUUUUGCUGUUGCAGGAUCGUUUUCUUCAGGGUGCAUGGCUGGCUGGGGUAUACUGGGACCGGAAAUGCAUUUUUCUGUGUAAACAUGUAUGGGAGUUGCACUCUUGGUUAGUCUUGUACUGGGAUGGAGUUGUGUUCUGAUUUCAGGGCUUUCUGGGUUUGCUAUCAUGGUUUUACUUUGUAUUAUCAGUGGCUCAGAGGACAUUGUUAUUUGAGUGGCACAGAAAUAAUAUAAGAAAAUUUAAAAGUGCUUGUUCUUUUUUUUUUGCUUGAAGCAGAUGGGUGAGGAAUGAGGACCUUGUGGGGUGGCCUGGGGCGGCCUCCAAAUACCUCCAGAAGGGAGGUGCCUUCUGAGGCCAGCUAUGGAAUACCACCUUUUUGAAGGAACAUCGGAGGGGAACCCUCAACCCACAUCUGCCUUUGAGAGACAGGUCAACCGACGAAAAGUCAUAAUCUACAGGCCAGCCCCUGACGAGCAGGAGUCUCCUGCAGUGCAGCGAAAGCCCCUUGAGAGUGGCAGAAUUUCUCCCACCUUAUAUGGGGAUGCAGGGCACUCACCCAGCAAGAGACAACGGCUUCAUCAGGGCUCAACCUCAGUGCCAGAAAAGAAUGGAGGAGCUUGUGGCAGGGGAGACAAGACCCUAUGGCGUGUGGCAUCUCCCAUGGAGAAGAAGCAGCGGAGGGUGCUGGCUGUUGGCCUGGAGGACUUUUCCAUCACCCAAGUGCCUGAUGAACCACAAGGGUGCUCACCGCCACAAAGACCCACCGGCUCUCCCCACACAAAUUCCUGCCAGCAGCUAACAGUAGAUGAAGAGGGUCCAUCCGAGCUAGCAGUGGGUCAGAGGUGCAGCACAUGCAGGUUAUCUGCAGUGGGCUUCCCACCCCAUCAGGAGCCUCGGCAGCGGUUAGCUCGGGCGUGCCGGCGUCUGUGGGCCCAGAGGCUGCCUCCCUCCCAGUGCCGUGAGUCGGAGCGCCUGCAAGCGAAGCGGCAGCGUCUGCAAAAGGGGAUCUCGCUGACGAGUGAGAGCAAGGGGACCAAGGCCUGCCCCCCAGAGCAGGCUUCUCUGCGCCUCACGACUGUUGGUGUGGAGGACUCUCCUUUGAGCCAGGCCCUGGAUGCUGGCGCUGGCAAGGAGCGGCAGGAGACAUGCCCGUCCCCCUGCAGGAGCGAUCAGCUGACGUCGCCUCACCAAUCACCUUCUCCAAAUGCAGAAAAGCCGGCUGCUUCAGACCUGCAUGAGCACAACUAUCAAACAGAUGCAUCCUCUGAGGCAGCGGACGCGCCCUCCUCUUGGCCCCCGUUGGCUUCCACCCUCUUGCGUCCAUCGAUGGUCCCGCGUUUCCAGCACUGGGGCCUGGCCCCCGUCUUCCAGAGCAUGCGCUCGAAGCUGGAAGCCUUCGCCGACAUCUUCCUCAGCCCGUCCAAGCCCGCCCUUCUGUCCAGUGAGAGCACGCCAUCCCUGUCUCCGUGUCCACAUGGAAACAGUGACCAGGCAGCUGCUCAGGCGGGAUCCCCAAGCCAAGGAGUCAACAUCAAGGUGAAAAUUGCCAUUUCGGAACCCCGUCCCUGGAAGAGAGGCUGCUCCCAUGAAGAGGAGGAGGAGGAGGAGGAGGAGGAGGAGGACUCAGCCAGCAUGGUGGUGAGCGGGCGGCCCCCAAUUCGCCAGUGGCGCCUGAACGAAGGGGACCCUGCUCCUCAGCCCCGCCUCGGACGCAGCUACUCCUGCCCCGAUUUCCCUGGGGUCCGUGCUUGGCAGGCCUCCCCCACAGCCUUUCCCUACUUCUCACAUCUGCGCCAGCGCCGCCACACCGUCUGCAGUCUGGAAGUGUCUCGCGAGCUCGGCCGUCCCACCCCGCCAUGCCUGCGCAAGGAGGUGUAUCCGUUCAGCACGCCCCCCACCUGGCUCCUGCUGGGGCCUCUGGGGCACAUGCCCCACUGCGAUGGCUCCUCCUACGCUUCUCCUGUGCCUUUCUGCUGCCACGAAUCUGAGCCAGCUCAUUCCAGGGACAUCUCCCGUUCCCCUGAUGGCCGGCAGAAGGUUCCUGGGGUCAGCCUGGACGUGGCUGACUCCGAGCUGGUUGCAUCAGAGCAGAUGAUGUUUUCCAAGGUCAGAAUGAAGGGAUCGCAAGACAGCACGAUUGGGAAAGUGUCCUGCAUAAGGAUCCGCAAGGCACCAGCCAGGCAGCAAGCCAAUCUCACUCCCAUGGGGCUUCCACGGCCUGUCAGGCUGAACAAGAAGGAGUUCAGUCUGGAGGAGAUCUACACAAACAAGAACUACCGCACGCCCACAGAAAAGAGAUCAUUUGAGACCAUCUUUGAGGUCCCUCUGGAACGCAACGGGGUGCUCAUCUUCACCAGCCAGCGCAAGCUGAAGCGGGCUAUGGAGUUCCGGGAGGGGGGCCUUCCUCGCAAGCAGCGCAAAGCUCGCUCCCGAGGGAGCCGGAGGGCAGGGGGGCGGCGGCAGCAGCAGCCCCGCUCCCCAGAGCUGGAAGAGUUGCUGCAGCAGCGGCUAGCAGAGCUGGAUGCCCUGUUUGAACAGGAAGAAGAUGAUGAGUGCUGAGCUGAGCAGAGCCGAGCCUACAUCUCUCCCAAGGAAAGAGCAGGGCCCCUGCUUCCUGCUCCGUCCCCAGUUGCCUGUUCCUUGAAACUAAAGGGCUUUUCUUCCCAAGCCACCAUUACCACUCCAGAUCCUCCUGUACUGUCUCUGCCAGUUGGUGUCUUGUGACUGUGGCCUCGUCGUCCGUUGACCCUGUGACACUCUCUGAGCUGCUAUGCAAGGGGGGGGGGUGAUUGGGUGUCGUUCAAGGCCAUGGUGCCUACUUUUGUGCCACGCUGGUCUCCUUCUGCUUAGCUCCGUGCCUCGUGAGCAAAAGGGGAAGAAUGUCUGUGGUGCCCCAGAGCUGCCUGUUCUAUGCACAGUCAGACCAUCGGUGCCUCAUGAUGGGGGUGGGGGAACACACAGGUCUAAUACCCUGUUAUGCCCCCUGUGAGAGACUUCACCCAACUGAGGGGGGUAAGUUGCCCACAUCCUGGAGCUACUGUUGCCACCAAAGCGAAAUCUGAAUGCAGAACAUAAUGUGCCUCCUGGAUGGAGAGAGCAAAUAAAGAGUUUAUGGGAAAGAAGCAGCAGGGACAGGUUUUGUGAUGGCACAAAAGCUUAACGUAAAGCCAAGGAAGAGGUACUAAGAGGCUGGGAAAAGGGCCCAUGUCCUUGCUGAUUGUUGAAGGAUGGAAGGUGGGGAGUCCGGAUAGAAUCCUUUUGGAUCUCUGUCCUGGAUUGAGGCCUCAGUACCCCAAGUUUAGUGAAACUUAAUGGGACCGUGUUCUGUUAGGCAUGAUGGAGGGUAGGAGUGGGGAGAGAAAAAUAAUUUGAAUUGUUUUGUAUUAAGCUAUAUUUCUAAUAAACUUUUCCGCUUGGGGGAAAAGUGUA